CACUGCAGUAGAAGACGACGCUUUAGCCACAUUUACCGUCAUUAGAAUUAAGUGGAAUUAACCUUACAAUUUGUAUUGUUUAUUGUAAUUUAGUUUGGCCAAUUACUAUUAUUUAAUAGCGUUCUGGAACAAUUGGGAAUGACUGUUUACACCAAGGACGUUGUUCUAAUUUAAGAGAGCAUGUUAACCUAGCGCAGUAUUUUUUUUUUUCAAAACCUCUCACCUUGGCGUUUGUAAUACGGUCUCAAUAAUUAUUAAAAUGUAACAUACGUACGCGAAUUAUACUUAAAUUGCUAGUUUAGUGUAUGGAAAUUAAUUAACGAAAAUCCGUCCAAAAAAAUCGCUUUAAAUUCUAUGAUGUUUUUGAGAUGUUUGAGAUAUAAAAAAGUAGUACUGUUAGGGUUUUUCUUAUUUACGAUUGUGUACCUUUUUGUACGGGCAUUACACGUUAUUGUAAUGCAACGUGAUGAAGAUGUGAUAAAAGUGCGAAACGCGUACGUUCAAAAUCACGAACGGGACGCGUACGAAAAAUUGAUAAGAGAUUACGAAAAGCGAAUUAUCCAGGGUUUGGGAGAUUACGGAAGUCCGGCCUAUCUGGCUGGCGAAGAGAAAGAAUUGGGAAAUAAAGCUCUCACCAAAUUUGCCUUAAAUACUGUCUUAAGUGAUCGAAUGCCUUUAAAUCGUAAAUUACGUGAUCCACGAAAUCCAUUAUGUAAACAGUUCACCUAUUCUCCCACAUUGCAAGCGACGGUAAUAAUCAUUUUUUUUAACGAAAUAUUAAGUGUGAUAUUGAGGACUGUGUGGUCUGUUAUUUUAAAAAGUCCUAAACAUUUGCUCAAAGAAAUUAUACUGGUGAAUGACGCCAGUACAGAUGAAAAUCUUGAUGGACUUUUACAACAUUACAUUAACACCAGAUUGUCCGGUUAUAAUAUAACGCUAUUGCGUUUAAAAACGCGGAUGGGGCUCAUUCGAGCGAGAUUACAGGGUGCUAGGGUAGCCAAAGGGGAUGCAUUAAUAUUUCUAGAUGCUCAUUGUGAGGCAACAGAGGGUUGGAUUGAACCGUUGCUCUCUAGGAUCGAAGAGGACAGAACUGCAGUUCUUGUACCAAUUAUAGACGUUAUAGAAGCCAACAAUUUAGCUUAUUCCACAAAUGGAUUCCUAGCGUUUAAUGGGACAUUUUUAGGGGAGUCUUUUCAAGUGGGUGGUUUUAAUUGGGCAGGACAUUUCACUUGGAUCGACAUUCAAAACGACGAAGAUAAAAAUUCGUUAAAGCCUGUAAAAUCGCCCACGAUGGCCGGCGGUCUUUUUGCCAUCGAUCGUAAAUAUUUUUGGGAGAUUGGCUCGUACGACGAACAAAUGGAGGGAUGGGGCGGCGAAAAUUUGGAGAUGUCUUUUCGUAUAUGGCAAUGCGGGGGGCGACUCGAAACAGUCCCAUGUUCCCGAGUGGGGCACAUUUUCCGGGACUUCCACCCCUACUCCUUCGAAAAAGAUACUCACGGUAUUAAUACUGCCCGCUUGGCACACGUCUGGAUGGACGAUUAUAAACGUCUAUUCUUCCUUCAUCAGCCUUCGUUAGAAAACAACCCCAUAAUCGGGGACUUGACCCAUAGGAAACAGUUGAGGAACAAACUUCGUUGUAAAUCGUUCAAAUGGUAUUUACAAAACGUUUAUCCCGAAAAAUUUAUACCAGACGAGAACGCCCAGGCGUUCGGACAAGUCCGGAACCGUUUCGACAUGUGCCUCGACGAUCUUCAGUUGGGCGACGACAAGGUCGGUCCCUUGGGACUUUAUCCUUGUCAUCCGUAUCUGGCGAUCUCGCAGUUUUUCACGUUGAGUUCAAAGGGUGAGUUGAGGAGCGAGAAUUUUUGCGCCGAGGUGUUCGAUAAUUCGCAGAUCAAGUUGACAGAGUGCCAUGGUCACAAGAGGGAACAGUUUUGGAUGUAUUUUACAAACGGUACCGUUUACAAUCCCUUUUCGGGGAAAUGUCUGAGUAGCCAAUUCGUCGAAGAUUCUAAAGGGCUCAAGGUUGACCAGUGCAAGAAGAACGCGCACCAAAAGUGGAAAUUCACGCACGAAAAUUUAACUGCACUGGUAACGUGAACAAACGUCGAUGUGAUAAAGAAUCUUUGAAAUAUAUUUUGUACUCUGAUGCCGAAAAAAUAAAAUGACCUUCAAGACUU